AUGGCCAGCCCUGGAAAGAUGCCUCCAGCAGGCCGUGCCCAUGGCCUGGGUGCCCGCAGGAGGAAGAGGACCACAUUCAGUCAAGGGCAGCUACUGGAGUUGGAACAGGCAUUUGCAGUACGGCCCUACCCUGAUAUUGGCACCCGGGAGCAUCUGGCCCAGGUCACCUGUCUUCCAGAGGCCAAAAUACAGGUUUGGUUCCAGAACCGGAGGGCCAAGAAAAUCAAGACUAGAAAGGCAGGAGGCCCGAGCCCCCAGCCUGAGGAUGAGAGAUCCCCUUCUCUUCCUGAUCCCCUUCAGCAGUCCCGGGCCCCAGGCCAGCCUCUGCCCUCGGCCAGCACACCAGCGGGUCAGCACAGCUGCAGUCCAGCAGCUUGUCCAGGGCAGGGCUGGGCAGGGGCUACGGUGGCUGUAGCGUGGGAUCCUGCCAGGGCUACAGGGGUCCACCUCCCUUCCGAGCGCCCUCCUCCCCAGACCUCACUGGGCAGCUUAUCGGAUCUCCUUCACGCCUCAGCCAUCGUCUCCAGCAUGCACCAUUCCUAA